CAGCAGUAUCAAAGUGCCCUGUUUUGGGCCGACAAAGUAGCUUCACUCUCUCAUGAGGACCCACAAGAUAUCUACUGGUUGGCCCAAUGUCUUUACCUGACAGCUCAGUAUCACAGGGCAGCACAUGCCCUUCGGUCCCGUAAGUUGGAUAAGUUGUACGAAGCCUGUCGCUACCUUGCAGCUAGAUGUCAUUAUGCUGCAAAAGAGCAUCAACAGGCCCUGGAUAUUCUUGAUAUGGAAGAGCCAAUCAACAGACGACUUUUUGAGAAGUUCAUGAAGGAUGAAAGUGGGUUGAAAGAGCCUUCCACAGACUGGGAGAUGUCACACUCCUCUAUCAAGAGCUCAAUCUGCCUUUUGAGAGGGAAGAUCUAUGAUGCUUUGGACAAUAGAACCCUGGCAACUUACAGCUACAAAGAGGCCUUGAAGCUUGAUGUUUACUGCUUUGAAGCAUUUGAUCUUCUGACAUCCCACCAUAUGCUGACAGCACAAGAAGAAAAAGAACUUCUUGAAUCUCUACCUCUUAGUAGACAAUGUACAGAAGAAGAGCAAGAAUUGCUUCACUUUUUAUUCGAGAAUAAAUUGAAAAAGUACAAUAAACCCAGUGAAACGCUGAUUCCUGAGUCAGUAGAUGGUCUUCAGGAGAACCUGGAUGUGGUGGUAUCCUUAGCUGAAAGGCAUUAUUACAACUGUGAUUUCAAAAUGUGUUACAAGCUAACCUCAGUAGUGAUGGAAAAAGAUCCCUUCCAUGCAAACUGUUUACCUGUACAUAUAGGGACACUUGUGGAGCUGAAUAAAGCAAAUGAGCUUUUCUAUCUCUCUCACAAACUGGUGGACUUGUACCCAAAUAAUCCUGUGUCAUGGUUUGCAGUAGGAUGCUACUAUCUCAUGGUUGGCCACAAAAAUGAGCAUGCUAGAAGAUAUCUCAGCAAAGCAACUACACUCGAGCGAACCUAUGGACCUGCAUGGAUAGCAUAUGGACAUUCCUUUGCCGUGGAGAGUGAGCAUGACCAAGCAAUGGCUGCAUACUUCACAGCUGCACAGCUCAUGAAAGGGUGCCAUCUGCCAAUGCUCUAUAUUGGACUGGAAUAUGGUUUGACCAACAACUCCAAGUUAGCUGAACGUUUUUUCAGCCAAGCUCUAAGCAUUGCCCCUGAGGAUCCUUUUGUCAUGCAUGAAGUUGGAGUGGUUGCAUUCCAAAAUGGAGACUGGAAAACUGCAGAAAAGUGGUUCCUUGAUGCACUGGAAAAAAUCAAAGCUAUUGGAAAUGAG